AAAAACAAUAUGGCGGCUUCACGUUUUGGUAAUUUGCCUGGAAUGGCUGGAAAUAUUGCCGUUGUUCAACAACAAAUGAUGUCUCAAAGACCUCAACAGUUUAGUCAAGGUCAUUUCCAGGCGCGCCCAGCUGGAGCAACACAGCCACCUCAAGCUGCAAGAAUGGCGGGUCAUCCUUAUAACAAUGCCGCUGGAACACCUCAGGGAGAUGGUCAGAGAAAACGUCCUGAUCCCAAAUCAAACAGGCGUGUGAAAAAGAAGAAAGCUGGAGACAAAGUUUUGCCACAACGAGUUCGAGAACUGGUGCCAGAAUCCCAAGCGUAUAUGGAUUUAUUAGCGUUUGAACGUAAAUUGGACUCCACGAUAAUGAGAAAAAGACUGGAUAUCCAAGAAGCUUUGAAACGACCAGUUAAACAAAAACGCAAAUUAAGAGUAUUUCUCACCACACAUUUUUACGGUGCUCGACCUGAUGCAGAGGAUGAGGACUCAAUUGUACCAUCCUGGGAACUUCGUGUAGAAGGAAAGCUUAUGGACGACCAAGGAACAAAACCGGAGGUUGCAAAACCAAAGAGAAAAUUUUCAUCGUUUUUCCGAAGUUUGGUGAUAGAGCUAGACAAAGAUCUUUAUGGUCCAGAUAAUCAUCUUGUCGAGUGGCACAGAACAGAUAAGACGCAAGAAACGGAUGGUUUUCAGGUGAAAAGGCCUGGGGAAGACAAAGUGAAAUGUACAAUUAUGCUUCUAUUAGAUUACCAACCUGCACAAUAUAAACUGGAUCCUCGUUUGGCUCGGCUACUUGGUAUUCACACUCAGACAAGACCAGUUAUCAUCAAUGCUUUAUGGCAAUAUAUCAAGACUCAUAGCUUGCAAGAUCCUAACGAAAGAGAGUGUAUUAAUAAUGACGUCUACUUUCAACAGAUAUUCGAGUGCCCUCGAAUGAAAUUUAACGAAAUUCCCCAACGCCUCAGCGCUUUGCUUUAUCCACCAGAUCCAAUUGUGAUUAGACAUUUAAUCAGCAAAGGGGAAAAGAAGACGACAUGUUAUGACAUCGACGUCGAAGUGGAUGACACGCUUAAAUCUCAGAUGCAAUCGUUUCUUCUCUCCACCGCAAGCCAACAAGAAAUAACCAACUUGGAUACUAAGAUUCACGAAACUGUCGAAACGAUCAAUCAACUUAAAGUUAGUAGAGAGUUCUUUUUAGGAUUUGCACAAGGACCUCAGGAGUUCAUUAGCAAGUGGGUAACGUCACAGAAUAGGGAUUUGAAGAUUAUGACCGAUGUUGUUGGAAAUCCGGAGGAAGAACGUCGUGCAGAUUUCUAUUAUCUUCCUUGGUCACAAGAAGCUGUGUGUCGUUAUUUCUAUACCAAGGUGCAGCAGAAACGGGCAGAAUUAGAGCAAGCUCUUGGUAUAAGAAAUACAUAGAUUGUCAUGCAAGUUGGAUUCAAUGACAACAGACACGACUUUAUGUAUUAUAUGUACGUACAACAGGCAACAGACUUUGGCAUCAUGUAUUAUAUGUACGUACACACGGUAGUACUACAGAACAUUAAAACUCUUUUUUGCAUACAGAACAUUAUUGAAGGGAAUGCGUUGUAUUGAUGUUUACCUAUGCGUUGUAUUCAUUCCAAUAUUUCCUGAAACCUUGAUUCAUUUACAAUCUGAAAGAUUAGCUAGAAAAAUCUUUUGUUAAAUAA